GGCGUCGCUCGGGGGGAUUCUCUGGCACCGGUGGGAGAGUCUCUCCGUUGUAGAGCAGCUUCUCUGGAGUGGUCACGCUGGCUAUUUAGGCACCUCCUCCCUAAAUUAGGUUCAGGAGAUCAGUCCCCGGACCUCAGUAACGGGAAGUAGUCUCAGCGUGGAGAUGGCAGCCAGCAAGGUGGUCAAAAGACUGAUAAAUAAGCCCAAUUCUCCAUCGAGCGCCCGGAGUUCUGGCCACGCGAUCCAGAAGAGACAAGCCAGGGUGACGGUGAAAUACGACCGCAAGGAGCUCCAGAAGCGGCUGGAUGUGGAGAAGUGGAUCGAUGAGCGCAUGGAGGAGAUGUAUAAGGGGAGGGAGAUGGACAUCCCAGAUGAGAUCAAUAUAGACGAGCUUUUGGACUUGGACACAGAUGAGCAAAGAAGACUCAGCCUGCAGGUUCUCCUGAAAUCCUGUGCGAGUAACCCCGAGGAUUUCAUCGGAGAUCUUCUCUGCAAGUUAAAGGGGCUCCAGAAGCAGACCAUGCUGAGGAAGAACGGCCUGGACGUCCAUAACCGGGACCCCAUUCACGAGGACGCGUGACCCCCCACACCCCAUUAAUAAUAAUGGGAAGGGGGUCAGAGGUCAAAGGGCACGGACUGUACCUAGAAAGAUCAAUGCGGAUCCCGUAUGAUCCAAACGGCUGAGCGGGGAUCUUUGUUCCAUUUUUAUUAAAGCAAUAAGGCACUCGGGGCUUCGCCGGCGGCAGCGCCUGGUUCUACGCGGCCCCAUGCUGCCCUGUUGCUUUUAACUCUUUCACUGCUGGAGCUGCAGCUUAUAGCCGGGGAUUGAGUCUUUUGAUUUAACCCGUAGAUUGGACUCUUUAACCGGAGCUGCCGGUGAUCGCCGAACCCGCCAACCGGUACAGACGGUAUAUUAACAUGAUGUGGGGGGGCACGUUCUGCAUUGCACCAAAAGAGGUUACCCUACAAUGUAUGUUGGGGGGCAGGGGUAUAGGAGACCCUGUGUAUAAGUGUGUUUGGGGGAGGGGGUCACACCCUGUAUUGUACUGGAAAUUGAAUUGAAUUUUUGGGGCUGAAAUGGUCCGUUCUGCGAAAAGCACAAGCGGGGGGGGGAGGGGGGCAUUACAAGCAGAUAUUAUUUAACCCUUUGCUCUCUGGGAACGAGCCGCUUUAGCAUCACAGUUCGGCUCGAGACACUCGCAGCGCGCGGCGCUUAUUCACUAAACGGCUGCAGAACAAGAACUUAUUUAUACGCUUUUAUUACUUUUUAAGAAUUUUAACCAAAGUUACAAAAAACUGUUUGCUUUUUCUUUUAAUAAAUUCUUUCACAGAA